AGAUAAUAGAUAUGCCUGUAGAACUUGGAUAUUGGUCUCUGAGAGGAUUAGGAGAACCCUGCCGAUUACUGCUGCGAUACACUGAGACAGAGUGGACAGAUGCAGCAAUACCACUAUCCGAAGGGGAUAUGUGGUUUAAAGAGAAGAAACACAAUCUCGGUCUUGACUUCCCAAAUCUACCCUACAUGCUGGAUGGUGAUGUGAAGCUCACUCAAACCUUGGCUAUAAUGAGGUAUUUGGGCAGAAGAUUUGGUCUAUCCCCAUCUGAGGCUGAUAUGGCUAAAGGCGAUCUUCUUGAGCAGUAUCUCAUGGAAGUGCGCAUAGGGCUUUCCAUGGUUUGCUACAGCAGCGCUGAUCAGUUUGAAGGAAAGAAGGCCGAAUUUAAUGGUAAACUAGCAGGUCGUGUUGAAGAGUUAGGAAAGUUUAUUGGUGCUGGCCCAUACGUUUUGGGAGAGGAGAUCACAUAUGUUGAUUUCUUGGCAUUGGAGUUCAUCGAUCAUGUUGCUGCGUUCUCUCCUGACCACUUUAAGGAAGGACCUUUAGUUGACUAUGUCAACAGAAUGAAAGAUCUACCUGCACUGAAAAAGUUCUACGAAAGUGAUGACUGUACCCACAAGUCUUAUUCCAUCAAUUCUCCAAUGGCACAGUGGCCUGGAUGGCCCAAGAAGGAGUAAAGAUAUUUUAUUACAGAUUUGUAUUUUAAUGGUAUGUAAGUGACCCACAUAUGCAUGUGAUACGGUCAUUAAGUCAAAAUUUAUUAUGUUUAGGUAAUAUAUUAUAACAAUAUUACAAAAUUAUUUACUUAUUAGAUAACAUGUACAGUAAAACCCUGAUUUACCGCACCCCGACUUAUCGCGACCAAUUCCUUCCCCCUAAGUGGGGCUUAUAUUAUAUUAUAUGUGAAUGAUGAAAACCCCCGAUUUACUGCCAACCCCAAUUGACUGCAGCUGCCAGCUGUUUCCUUUCCUACAAAUUCCAGUGGUAUAUAAGGGUUUUACUGUAUCAUGGCAUGGAUGAAGAUACUUAUUAUUGUUUUGUGGUUUUUCACAACGGCCAUUUUACUUUUAGUUUGAAUGAUAUUUUGGCAGAAUCCAAUGACACAGCUCUGUGGAAUUAAGCAUGUAAUUCGUUAAGCUAUGUUAAUUAUUUCUAGAAAGUAUCAGAAGUUGUUCUUAGAAUUGAAGGACGCAAUUGCAUUGAAAAUAUAAAGAAAUAUAGCAAUAAUAUUUGAAUUUAGUUUCAUCCUUAUCUGGCGAAAAAGCCCUUCAUUCCACUCGUAAGUUUUAAUUAAUAGGU